UUUCUUGUUUUCAUGGCAGGUGGUCUAAUAAAUCUAUAAAUACAACAAUAUGUGCCAGCGCUGUUGACACAGUGGAAAAAGAAGAAAUGACACAAUGGAGUAAUGGAGAUGGAGCACACAAAUUAAUUAGUGCAUCUCAUAUCUAUGUUUGCCAUCUCACUGUGGGGGCAGUUUUAUUUUUAUAAUUCUGGUGUCCAUCUGCGCCUUUCACUCACAUAACCUAAACAAGAUUUCUGAAGAUACCGCCCCACUCCUCCUCGUUUGUAGGAGGAAAGGCCUCGAGCCAUGGGACGUCCCUGCAGUGUUGAAGGAAAGACACGAGGAUUUGCUUGUUAUGUAUAAACAGGUAGGAAAACUAUCGCCCUGGUCAAGGCUGAUAGGAUUAAACAGAUUUGUGAGCGGUGCUAUUUAAGCAAUAAAGACAGCUGCAGGCUGAAAGCUGUUACAGGUGUUUAGAGAGCGAACGAAGGGACAGGACUCUCAGCAGAGGUUCAAAGCAUCAGCAGAGCUCUACAGCGCCUCAUUUGAUACCCGAUCCCCUCUUGUGGCAGCAGCGUGUAGUGCAUCCGGCAGAGGAUGCAGCUGGUUGUCAUGGCAGCAGUGCUGGCGCUGGCGGGGGCGGAGCAAGACUGCAGCUCCGGCUGUCGCCCAAAGAACAUCAGCCUCCCUGUGGACACCUGCGGCACCACCGAGUUCGUCGACACCACCAUUUGUGAAGGACAGUGUUUCCAAAAGGAUCCCAACUAUGUUCAUACUGACGACGGGCCCAAACAGAAAACCUGCAACGGAGAGUGGUCCUACGAGGUGAAAUACACAGAGCAAUGUCCACGGGGUUUCAUCUACCCUGUGGCCAGGAAGUGUGAGUGCACUGCAUGCAAUGCAAACACAGACUGCGGGACCUUGUCUGGAUACAUACCCAGCUGUUAGCCCUUUUAAAGAACCCCAGUAUUCAUCCUGCGCUUAACAAUUAUCUUCUUUGCACCUCUUCCCUCUGAAAUAAACCAGUGAUACAAGCCUUUCUGUUUCAAUCUGUUUUAUUACAAUUUUUUAUAAAUGCAACCCCUCCCUUAAAAGUUAUUCUCUUUAUACAUGUAGGUAAUUGUGGUCACACCAGAACACAGGUAUCAAUAGUCGUUAUUAGACCGCUUGCAUUAUUAGUGGCGCGCUUCAGUCUUGUAGUGUCAUAAGUCACAGCAGAAGAAACUGUGUAGAUGCAGCAGACCUGUAGAGUCAGCUAGAAAAGCAACCACCCAACAGUUUCCCUUUUUGUUUUGAGCGGGGUGACUGACCCCUGAAAGUCAAUAAUCCUGCGAGUCAGGUUUCCCUGCUGAGAACAGGAUAUAAUCUUGCAAAGAAAACAGAACACUUCUCCUCCUCUUUUGACAGGUGGAAAUGAAAAUAUAGAGUUUGCAGCAUAUUGAACUCCCCCCCCCCCUUCCCCUGCAAAGUGCCUGCAAAUCGGUGUCUCUCUACUCAACUCAACACAGCCUAGUGAGCAGAAAACCUCCUCAGAGCUGCUAAAGUGGUGGAAACUAUAAGCCAGCUAAAGAUACAGAUCUAAUAUUGUAUGCUUGGGUGUGAGGAGGCCUCAAAACAUACAUAGAUUAAAAAAUGAAUAUAAAACAGAGUAUGCACCUGCAAGCUUUGUUUUUUCUCCUCUGAUCCAAACUAAGGACUUUUCAAAAUUUGGGACAAAAGAAAAAGGCAAAAUUAAUGGACACCUUUGCAGAGAAAUGAGAAGAAGAAUAAAUGAGCCCUUCGCGCCCUGAAGUCUGAAAAAGUCUGUUAUGAUAAAGUUUGGAACAGACUUAUUUUUAGCCCAAUGCAGGUGCAUCUUCUGACUCUACAGACUGUUAGCAUAAAAUCUUGUUAUAAGGCCAGAGACAAACCUGAGGCUGCUGCUAGCAACAACUCACUCAUUAAUAUGACAAGCUGUUAACUACCUACAGUGCUGUUACCUGGCAACACACCGGCUUUAUCCUCCUGCAUUGUGGACAGCAACUCAUUCAUUAACAGCUUUAGCAUGUGGGUUUGUUGGUGAAAAAAAACAACAAAACACGGUUUAAUUGUUGAACUAAAGUGUAUAUUUUUUUUCCUUUUCAGGGGCUGGAAUGCAAUAAGAGGCAACGCAACACUAUAGUGAUGCUUUUUGCACAAAAAAUGAUGUGAUCAUGAUACAGUGAUUCUGCAGUCUCAGUGUUUUGUGAGACAAUCACGUAUAAUGGAUCAUGACAAUCUGCGAUACUAACAAGACCAAUAAAAAAAAAUGCCACUAAGGCAAAGAUCAGGACUUAAGUAAAUAGACCAGCACUUAUGUUGCAUUAUUCUACUCUGACUGAGAAAUCAAAAUGCUUUUCUACUACAGGCCUUACAUACAUCUGUUAAGUAAAUGAUCAUGCACACACAUACAUUCACGCUCUUACAUUUUAAGGUUCAGUAUCAUCAGCGUCUGGACUGGAGGAGACUGCAGUGACCAAACCACCGACCUUUCUGUUAGCCUAGAAGACAACCCACUCUACCUGCUGAGGCACUGCUAUGUCUUAUCUGCGUCACUGCAGGUUGUGGUGUCACUGUGUGUGUGCGUGUGCAUUAACAAUAUUAUUAUUUUCUAAUAAUGUGUCAUUUCCUGCCCACCAUUUCCUCUCUGUGAUUUUUUUUCCACUUUGCCCCUAUUCUUUUGAUAACUACCACAGUGAGGAUUGAUCAAGUAGUGAUUAUGGUAAGCUUAACUGCUGAGAUCAUUUGUUGUUUAAUGCAUUGCUCUAUGAGUCUAUCAAUAAUUUGUUCCAACCGUAUCUAACACGAUAUUUCUAAUUAAUUGGGUACUCCAUAAAUGUAAAGUAUUCCUUUAAUUUGGUCUCAAGGUUCAGAAGAGAUAGAUUAAAUUAAAAGUUGUUACAUUCAAAGCAACAAAGGACAAGUUAUCCUGACACUCUGAAUCUCCAGUCUGGAUCAGGUUCCUAAUGAGAUUUUGUUCAUUACACAUCAGCAUGUGUGAAAGUUAGCCUUUCAGUCUGUGAAAAUCUUCCUCCAGUGCCCAGGCAUGGGUCUCUCAACACAGAGAUAUAUCUAUGUUUAAUAUUUUUGAGGUAUGGCACAUCUUAGGUAGCUACAGCAUAACAAAAGGCCACAAUUCAGUCACAUAACUCAUGUUUGCCCCUCCCAUCACCCCUAUCCAGUCAGAUGCCUGCACUUCCUUGAGCCUGGUUCUGCUGAAGGUUUCCUCCCUUCAAAAGGGAGUUU